AUGGAAAAUGGUCAAAAUGUGUCCUCACUUGAGCAACAUGAGCCCCAUAAACAGGAAACCAAACAACAUAUGUACACACACAAUGUGGUGAGCAUAAACAACUUCGGCACACAACCGGGUUUUCGGUUCGCACCAAUUGAUGAAGAGCUGCUACUAUAUUACUUAAAAGGGAAGGUGUUGGGAAAAUCUUUGGGAAGGGACACGAUUGGUGAAGUUAACGUUUUUAAAUUUGCACCAUGGGAUCUUCCAUAUAUGUCUUGUUCAAAAAGUAAUGACUUAGUAUGGUUUUUUUUUUGCCCACCAGAAAAAAAAUACGAUAAGGGUAAUAAGACUAACAGAUCUAAUAUUUUUGGUUAUUGGAAAUCAUCGGGGAAGGAUAGGACCGUUAAAGAGAGAGCGUCACAUCCUCCACGUCCUAUAGGUACAAUCAAAUCAUUGGUUUUCCACAAAGGAAAACCACCAAAGGGGGAGCGAACUAAUUGGGUGAUGUAUGAGUAUAGGCUAUUAGAAGAUAAUAUGUCCGAUGUAACAAAUAGCAAUGGUUCGUAUUGUGUCUACAAGUUAUUUCAGAAAGAGGGUUUGGGACCACGAAAUGGACACAACUACGGGGCUAUAUUUUACGAAAAGGAUCUUGCGGAGAAUUGCAGCUCAAGUACUAGUAACAACGUCGAAUAUCCUACAAAUACAGCUCAAUGUACUACAACUAUUACGUCUACGUCAUCAAACACGGACAACCAACAUUUCAAUGGAAAUUUCUUAGACGAUGAAGUGUUCAUCAAUAAGGGAUGGGGGGAAAUUCUUUCUAUGUUGGAUGACUAA